AUGGUUCUGAAGAAACAUCUAAGAGUUACCAAACAAACGAACGGCAUGGUUCUACCACUCUCAAUUGAAGAUGAAUCACUCACAACUGGAACUGCAUCGGUAUUGUGCGAAUUUGCAAAAGAUCUCAAUAUAAUAAUUUGCAAAACAGAUGACCAUCUCACGUACAACGAGCACAAGAAAAAAUUUGACAUAAACGCCGCAUGUGAACAUUAUAAGUUUUAUGAAGAAAUGGAUUGGCAUGCGAAAGAUAUGGAGAAACUGCGAAACCAAUUAGAAGAAAGCGAACCUGAUGAUUUUGAAACAAUGGAUAAUAUUACUGUUGACCCUAAGCCUGUUGAUUCCUGUCAGGGAGGCUCAUUUAAACAGCGCAUGAAACAGGCGUCGAAGAAUGCCAAAGACGUCAUGAAGAAACUGAAAAAUGAUAUACUCAAAUUCACAAAAAGAAAGACAGAGUGUUGCAUCUUCAGUCAAACAGUGGACACUGGGUUGAUCUUACAGAUGACAAUGGAUGUUCUCUGCUACACCUUGCUGUUGGAGACAAAUGUGUUUGUUUAGUUGAAAGCCUUAUUCUGGCUGGUUCAAAUGUUUAUGUUUCAGAAAGGAUGUUGGAUUACGCCAGUCAUGAUAGCAGUAAACAAUAACCAACCAGAUAUAGUAAGGAUUCUUGUCAAGUACGGAGCAAGAACAACACGAACCUUUCAAGGAAAUAUAGCAAUGCAAAUUGGAAAUCAUGAGAUAAUACAAAUUCUGGAAAAUCAGUCAUUAUACGAAACAAAUGCAAGGAAAACAGUGCGCGAGGCACUUGGCUUGUCGAAAGAACUGUCAUCUUUGGUGCAGUCAACAGACGUAAAAUGCAGUGAAGAAAAUGCAUCGCUGUCAUCAAGAAGUGAUGUUGGAUCAAAUUUUAACCUAACAGUUGGAGAUGCGAAAUCAGCAUCUACUUUGAGAGGUGUUCGCAAUCGUGCACCCGAUGAGUUCGGCUCUUUCAAGGAAGUUCCCGGAGACUUCCAUACACAAGCCUGUGUGAUGGAAUGCCUUUCUUUUAUCAGCAGGCCCGGGGGCUUCUUCUAUACUAUCAGACAAGUACUUAAGGUGACGCCAAAGUCAUUUGUUGGCAUUUUAAGGAAGGAAACUAUGAAAGGAACAUGGAUGCAUUGA